GGGAAAACUGGGACCAUGCUAAGACCAUAGUGUGAGGCACAGGAGCAGAAGGAACCAAGGCUUGUCCACGGAAUCACUCUGCAGUUCAAGCCAGCAGUGCUGAGCAGGGACUGGUCUACACCUGGACUGUGCAGAUGCAGCCAAGGCAGUGUCAGGGCUGACACAAGUCUAAAACAGAAGCAGCUCGUUUCAGCACUUCACUCCUCCAAUGCUCUGGAACUUCAGCCUUCCUCUGCUGCGGGCACAAGAUGAGGAAGACCAAGUGGAAGCACCAGUGAUGCAUCCAGUCCUAAAGGCCUUUGUGUGUGGCUCCAUCAGUGGGACGUGCUCCACGCUGCUCUUCCAGCCCCUCGACCUGCUGAAAACCCGCCUGCAGACGCUGCAGCCUGCUGUCCAUGGGUCCGGUCGUGCUGGGAUGGUAACACUGCUCUUCAGGGUUGUUCGUACUGAGAGCCUUCUGGGGCUCUGGAAAGGUGUCUCUCCAUCCUUUGCAAGAUGUAUUCCUGGGGUUGGGAUUUACUUCAGCACUUUGUACAUGAUGAAGCAAAAGCUUCUGGUGGACCGUUCUCCCACAGCCCUGGAGUCUGUCUUCCUGGGGGCCACUGCGCGGGCAGUGUCUGGGAUCUGCAUGCUGCCCGUGACCGUCGUGAAGACCCGAUACGAGAGCGGGAGGUUUGGCUACGGGAGCGUGUACGGGGCUCUGAAGAACAUCUACCAGACGGAAGGGGCUCGCGGCAUGUUCAGCGGGCUGACCGCCACGCUGCUGCGCGACGCGCCCUUCUCCGGCAUCUACCUCAUGUUCUACACGCAGACCAAGAGCCUCACGCCUCAGGACCAGCUGGAUCCAGUGCUCAUGCCCUUGCUGAACUUUGGCAGUGGGAUCUUUGCGGGAAUCUUGGCCUCCUUGGUGACACAGCCUGCUGAUGUCAUCAAGACACACAUGCAGCUGUCCCCCAGCAAGUACCGCAGGACAAGCCAAGCUGCUGCCUUCAUCUACAAGGACUUUGGGUUGGUUGGCUUCUUCCGAGGGGGUGUGCCCCGUGCCCUCCGGCGGACUCUGAUGGCAGCAAUGGCAUGGACAGUGUACGAACAGAUGAUGGAAAAAAUGGGCUUGAAAUCCUGACUUGAGUUGCACAAGAAACGUCCAGCUUCACUCCUCCUCCUGCUUGCUGUGAUCCACUGGCACUAGGAAGUUCCCACAGAGGAAAAAGCCUUGCUCGGCCAGGAUGCAGAAAGCUCUCCUGAGAUGGGGGCUUAGGCCUUUGGGCAAAUAGAGGGAAGAAGGAUCACUUGUUCAGUGCAUUCCAGAAGAAACUGUGCUUGCAGACUGCCAUGGCAAGUGGCAGGCUUGCCACGGAUUGGGAACUAUGCUGAGAGAAAAGCCCCUUUGAAAAAUAGGUCUGGCUCACCACUUUGUGCAGUAAGACAGUGCUGAGCAGAAGUGUUUGAGGAGAAGCAGGGAUUGCAGAACCUUGUCUGGUCCCUGCCGAUCUAUGCAGCGCCCCACUGUGAUGCACGUCCUCCUUCCUCAUCUUUUGUUUUCACAGGGGAACACUGCAGAGCGUGGUGGGAGACCGGGUGUGUCUCACAACGCAGGAGUGGGUGGAAGAGAGCUGAUGUGCUGGAGGAAAGUUAGGAACAGGGUGUCUGUCAUCACGCUUGUUCUGGGCACGAUAGCCGAGAAGGUAACUGGAACCUGCUUGCCGUGUCCUCUGCUACUAUGUAAUUGAGCAUCCUAACACUCUUGACAUGUGCUCCUGCCUCUGCAGCAGCACUUGCACAGCGAGUAAGAAGUCUAAGGCACUUUAUUGCUGACUGCUACCAAAGUUGUACUUGUUCCUAAAAACGUGUUUCCUGCUGGCCUGACUCCAUCAGGAACACUUAAGUAUUAUUAUUAAUUCUGUUGUACUGGAGACUUAUUUGCUUCCUGUCAUUCACUUGUCAAGUCCUGACCAACACCUGCAGUGUGGAUGUACCUGAUAAGGUCAUAGCUCAUAAUGCAUAAAUGGAAGCUGCUGGCACGUGGAGACCCUUUGGAGCUGGAGAGAAAAGGCUGCUCUUUUCUGUGAGCAUUUUUCAAAGGUGGAGAUCUUUGAGAAUUUGGUAAGGAGCUUUAAUUCUCUUUGGGCUCCACACAGGCUCUCUGCUUUCUCUUAGCACAUUUCAGCACUCCUGAGUUUAAAUGCUUUUUUCAUCUACUGUGCCUUCUUCCUCAUUCCCACUUUGUUACUCACACCUCAUAGUGUGUGCUGGCCUAACCUGACUACAGCCUGCUCCUCUCUUCACUUGUGCCUCUGUCCUGGCUGUCUGGGUUAGGACUCUUGUGGCUCUGAUGGCAUUGCCAUAAAGCUGGAAGUAUGUACCCUGUUCUGCAGUGUGCCUUGCAGAAAAGAGCCUUUGUUUUUUGUUUUCUUAAAUGUAGAGGGAUGUUACAGUUCAGAAACAGCAGAGGCCUCUCAUGAGAUGACAUGAUGCCUCUCAUCAUGACAUGAUGCUGUAGGAGUACAACCAACCACCAUUGUCCCCCUGCUCAUAACAUUCAGAGUGGAGCUCUACAGCCACUGCCUGCCCUGGCAACCUCCUGAGCACAAGAGGAGAGGGGAUAUGGGCUGUAAAAGAUGUUCUUUCCCAGAUUCCAGUUCCGAGAAAGUUUGAUGACUGACAGGAAAGUUAAGCCUGAAUAAAGUGUAAGGGGAUGAGCUGGAGGCUGGCAAGGUGCUGCCUGUGUUUAGCCUCAGCCCGACUGUGGCAGGAGACUGGUGCUGCACACUGCUGGUAUCUGCUAGAAAGGAAUUGGAGGGUCCUGUGUGCACCUAUCUAUGUGCUGAUAGCAGAGCUCUGCAUCAAAUCAUUCCAUGUCUGGCAAGCUGUUGGAUUCCCUCUGCUGCUCCUCACUGCCAGGCAUGUGGGCCCCUUAUUUGCUAAAUAUUAACCGUGAAUGCAUUUUCUUUUGCUGUCCUUUCAACCUUCCUGAGUUGCAUUCAUGAAAGCACAGGAACCAGUGGUAACUGCCCUCCCUGCUGUUCUUCUGAGCACGGCUGCCACAGAGAGCUGGCUAAGCAAGUCUAGAGUUGCUGACCUGUCACAGUGAGGUGGCAGUGACGUGAGGUAACCUCAUUUGGCUCUCGUUGCUUUCUGCAGGACAUCAAUGUGUUGUACUGAGUUUAUUUGGGUGUUUAUGUGGUGUGUGAGUUGGAUCUGUUGUUGGUCCUUCUAGGCAGUGAAGGGCUGAGAGUAGUGUCACCUCCAAGAUGCCAUAAAUUCCAAAUCAAGCAAUGUUCUGAUCAGAAACCUGAAAUGCAGGAACACUUCAGUGGCUUUUAUGUCCUGCCUGGCCAAGUGGCAAAGGAAGGAGGAGAGAAUUUAUCCUAUUUUAUUUUUCAUUUACUUAUUUUUUUAAAGCAGUGUUGGCUUUUCCUUUGGGAAGGUUGUUCCAUUCCCCUUGCUUGUGGAGAGUGAGGAAGCUCUUUCUUGGUGCAGUAGAGUGCUUUUGACUUGUGAAUUAGCCUGGGAUCCUUUAAGUUUAAGAAACAAUCUAAACUGCACUGUCAUCCAUCAUCCCUAGGUGCUGCAAACCCCAAACCUUCUCUACAGGUGAGCUGGAGAGAGUGAGUUUUGCAGUGCAAAUUUGUUGUUUGCUUUUCUUUGUUACUUCUUUUGUCUGCCUCACAGUUGAGGGAAGGCUGAAAUUCUGUCUUCUGAAGGCUGUAUCACACAGGCAGGCACAGUGCUAUCUCUCAGCUCUCAUCCUUAAGCAUGCCUCACCCUUUGCCCCUCUUCCAAAACACUGUUUCUGAAGUGAUUGAUUGAAAUUACAUCUUGAUGGCUAGAGCAAGUCCAAGAACAUCAAGUGUGUGGACUUGGAGGUUGAGAUACAUUGCCUUGAGAUUCUAUUGCUUCUAAUUAACAACAAAUCAUCACUUUACAACCUAAAUGCAAAGCAAUCCAAUAAAAGCUCAAAUCGUCACCUACCUGGGUCCUGCCAGCAAUUCCACCCAUAACUAUCUUAGCAGAUAAUCGUUUCCAAAGCCUUUGCUUGCAUCCCAGGGAAGGUCAUGAGAUCCCUUCUAUGUAUGGCAGGGUUGUGGUCAGGUCCCUCUCAGGACAGUACCCAGUGAAUGUGCUUUGUCUCUGCUUGCCCCUGCAGCUCAGGGGUAAGAGCACAACUGGUUAACUUGUUGAGACAGUUGGUACCUAGGGGAGUUGUAAGGGCACAAGAGAGUUUGUGAUUAAAUAUGAUUAUUUAUUAUUUAGAAACUUGACAUUUCCCUUCUUUCCAUGCUCCUGAUUUUUCCUUCCCCCCUCCCUUUUUUGCUGUUGAAACAGAACUGGAGUUUUGCAACAUUGCAGGUUUGAGCACUGUUUAUAUGACAAUACAUAGUAUUUAUUGAGAAGAUGUGUUUUAUCUUUCCAUUAAAAACUGGUUGCCUGAAGUGAA